GUGUCUUUCUCAGGGCUCUUCACUGCCAUCGUCCUCAUGCUGGCCUGCUUGUGCUGUAAGAAGGGCGGCAUCGGGUUCAAGGAGUUUGAGAAUGCCGAAGGGGAUGAGCAUGCGGCCGACUUCUCGGCGCAGGGCUCCCCGGCCGCUGUGGCACAGAACGGGCCCGACGUGUACGUCCUGCCACUCACCGAGGUCUCCCUGCCCAUGGCCAAGCAGCCGGGGCGCUCAGUGCAGCUCCUCAGGUCCACAGACCUGGGCCGGCACAGCCUCCUGUACCUGAAGGAGAUCGGCCACGGCUGGUUCGGGAAGGUGUUCCUGGGGGAGGUGACCUCGGGUGUCAGCAGCACCCAGGUAGUGGUGAAGGAGUUGCAGGCGAGUGCCAGCGUGCAGGAGCAGAUGCAGUUUCUGGAGGAGGCGCAGCCCUACAGGGCCCUGCAGCAUAGCAACCUGCUCCAGUGCCUGGCCCAGUGCGCUGAGGUGACACCCUACCUGCUGGUGAUGGAGUUCUGUCCGCUGGGGGACCUCAAGGGUUACCUGCGGAGCUGCCGGGUGACAGAGUCUGUGGUGCCCGACCCCCUGACCCUGCAGCGCAUGGCCUGUGAGGUGGCCUGUGGCAUCGUGCACCUGCAUCGCAACAACUAUGUGCACAGCGACCUGGCCCUGCGGAAUUGCCUGCUCACAGCCGACCUGACAGUGAAGAUCGGCGACUACGGCCUGUCCCACUGCAAGUACAGAGAAGACUACUUCGUGACCGCUGACCAGCUGUGGGUGCCGCUGCGCUGGAUCGCGCCUGAGUUGGUGGACGAGGUGCACGGCAACCUGCUGGUGGUGGACCAGACCAGGGCCAGCAACGUGUGGUCCCUGGGAGUGACCAUCUGGGAGCUCUUUGAGCUGGGCACGCAGCCCUACCCUCACCACUCGGACCGGCAGGUGCUGGCUUACGCCAUCCGGGAGCAGCAGCUCAAGCUGCCCAAGCCCCAGCUGCCGCUGACCCUGUCUGACCGCUGGUACGAGGUGAUGCAGUUCUGCUGGCUGCAGCCUGAGCAGCGGCCCACGGCCGAGGAGGUGCACCUCUUGCUGUCCUACCUGUGUGCCAAGGGCGCCACCGAGGCGGAAGAGGACUUCCAGCGGCGCUGGCGGUCGCUGCAGCCGGGCGGGGGCGGUGCGGGCCCCGGGCCUGGGGCCACAGGCCCUGCACUGGGCAGCGCAGCUGAGCUCGCCGCCUCAUCCUUCCCAUUGCUGGAGCAGUUCGCAGGCGACGGCUUCCAUGUGGACGGCGACGAUGUGCUGACAGUAACUGAGACAAGACACGGCCUCAACUUUGAGUACAAAUGGGAGGCAGGCCGCGGCACCGAGCCUUUCCCGCCUCCGGGGGCCGCGCCCAGCCCGGGCCGCCCUGCGCACCUGCAGGAGCUGUGCACCCCCGACGGUGCGCCGCCCGGUGUGCUGCCCGUGCUCAGUGCGCACAGCCCCUCGCUGGGCAGCGAGUACUUCAUCCGCCUGGAGGAAACCGUGCCCGUUGCCGGCCAUGACUCUGACUGUGCCGGCUGCACCCCCAGCCUGUGCCCCGACGAUGCAGACGAUGACUCGGAGGGCAGCGCCACCACCUCUCUGGCCAUGGAGCCACUGCUGGGCCAUGCAGCGCCCACCUGCGACCACUCUCUGCACAGGAGCUGGCCCCGGGACCCCCUCUGCCCCUCGCCUGGACCCUCGAUGCUCACAGAACCGGGAGCAGAGAACGCGGACUGGGACUUGGCUGCCUUCUGCCCGCCCUUGUUUGAGGACCCGCUGGGAGCAUCCCCCUUGGGGAGCUCCAGGACCCAGCCGUCCCCAGGCGAGGAGGAGCUGGGGAAGGUGGAGGUGCAGAGGGCUGCCCAGCACAGACACUGGAGCUCCAACAUGUCGGCCAACAACAACAGCGGCACGCGUGACCCAGAGUCCUGGGACCCGGGCUACUCGGGCAGCUAUGCAGGAGACCGCCCCAGCCCCAAGCAGCCCCCACGGACCUCCCCUGAGCCAGCCCACCCACUGGCCCUGGAGGACCCCAGAGAGCCUCUGCUUCGGCCACAGGUGGCCUCUCCUGGCCAGGAGCCAGGUGGCUGCAUCCCCCUUCCCCACCUGUGCCCUGCACAAGGCCUGGUCCCCACCGCCGGCCUGGUCACAUCCCCCGGGAUGGAAGCAACUGUAAGUGGUGGCGGUGGCUGCCAGGCAGAGCCCAUGCUUGCCGAGGAGGCUGACGGCUCUGCAGGACCCCAGCUGCUCCCCCCCUCCAUCCCCUCCCCAUCCCAGGAGGGAGCACCGCUGCCCUCGGAGGAGGCCGGGGCCCCUGACUCCCUGCCCGCCUCACCCACGCCUGCUGCUGCUGAGCCAACCCGGACCCUCAGCAGCAGCAGCAGCUCCCCCGACAGCAGCAGCUCCCCCGAGCCAGAGGCCCCCAGCAGUGAAGACGAGGCCACUUCAGGUGUCUUCACUGACUUGUCCGGUGACGGCCCGCAGGCCGAGAAGCCAGAUGUGGGGCCGGCCUUCCACUCCCUGCAGAAGCAGGCGGGGACCCCCGACUCCCUCGACUCGCUGGACAUCCCGUCCUCAGCCAGCGACGGUGGCUGCGAGGGCUUCAGCCCAUUGGCCACUGGCACCCCUGGUGGGCAGCCCCGCGCCCUGGACAGCGGCUACGACACGGAGAACUACGAGUCCCCGGAGUUUGUGCUCAAAGAGGCACAUGAGCUGUGUGUGCCCGAGGCCUUCGGGGCGCCAGCCUCAGAAGGCGAGCUCCCCGCCUCCCCCGGGGGCCUCGGCGGGAAGAGCCCCCACCGAGACUCGGCCUACUUCUCAGACCUGGACGUGGAACCGGAAAAGGGCCGCGGCGACCAGUGCCCAGGGCCGGAGCAGGGACUGGAGAGUCCUCGGGGCCCCGGGCCGCUGUCUGUGCAGGCUCCCCUGGGGCUCGAGGAGCUGCUGCCCCGGGACGAGCCUCCCCCAGAGCCCAGCGGCUACCCCCACUGCCCCGGGCCGCAGCCCCCCGGGUCCCAAGGCCCGGCUGGCGCGCUGCCCGUGCCCAGUCCCCGACGCUCCAAGUUUUUCCUGCUGAGCUCAGAAGGCGACGGCGCCGAGCUCCAGGGGGCCCCGCGGGAG